ACUUCCGGAGGCGCUCCUCCUGGCGCGCACCCGCCGCCCUUUCUCCUCAGCUCGUGCCCGCGCCCGCGCGCCCGCCGGAAGGAAGGAGCCGCCAUUACAGGAGGAGACACCCGAGUCACCCGGAUACACCCGGAAACCGCGACCGGGGACUCAGCAAGACCCGAGUCCCCCGGAUAUACCAAGAAAACGCGGCCGGGGGCUCAGCUUCAGCCAGGAAUAGCAAGCCUCUAUGUUUGGUACCUGGAUAUGACUUCUGUAUAUGGCCAAACAGCCUGUUCUUCAGAAGUAUUGAGGUGUGGAAGAAAGCCCUGGUGAUCUCCUCCUAGUGUCCCUCCUACAAGGAAAGAUUGCAUGGGGCAACAGAACUGGUUCCUGCUCAAAACGUUCCUGAAGGUUGUGUCGGAGGCACGACUCCGUGCAUGGGGUGGCAGUGUGAGGCGUUGCCGCAGCAGCUGUUGAUUUGGGCAGGAUGAGUGGUGCGCCAUGAUGAUGGCACGAAAACAAGAUGUGCGAGUGCCCACCUAUAGUGUCAGCGUGGUGGGACUUUCAGGCACAGAGAAGGAUAAGGGCCAGUGUGGCAUAGGCAAAUCGUGCCUGUGUAACCGUUUUGUGCGACCAAGUGCAGAUGACUUUCACCUGGACCACACAUCCGUCCUGAGCACCAGUGACUUUGGGGGCCGCGUUGUAAACAAUGACCACUUUCUAUACUGGGGCGAAGUGGUCCGCUGUCUGGACGACUGCGUGGAAUGCAAGGUUCAUGUGGUGGAGCAAACCGAGUUCAUAGAUGAUCAGACCUUUCAGCCUCAUCGUAGUACUGCUCUGCAGCCUUACAUCAAGAGAGCUGCCUCCAGCAAGCUGGCAUCUGCUGAAAAACUCAUGUACUUCUGUACGGAUCAGCUGGGUCUGGAGCAGGACUUUGAGCAGAAGCAGAUGCCCGAUGGCAAGCUUCAGGUAGAUGGCUUUCUGCUUUGCGUAGAUGUUAGCCGUGGCAUGAACAGGAAUUUUGACGAUCAGUUAAAAUUCAUGUCCAACUUGUACACUCAGUUAGCCAAGACCAAGAAGCCUAUCGUGCUAGUACUGACCAAGUGUGAUGAAGGCGUAGAGCGCUAUAUCCGCGAUGCUCACACGUUUGCGCUCAGCAAAAAGAACUUGCAAGUGGUAGAAACCUCAGCCCGAUCCAAUGUCAAUGUAGACCUAGCGUUCACUGCUCUAAUACAGCUGAUUGACAAAAGCCGCGGCAAGUCCAAGAUCAUUCCUUAUUUUGAAGCGCUGAAGCAGCAAAGCCAGCAGAUCGCAGCGGCAAAGGACAAAUAUGAGUGGCUGGUAGGACGCGUAGUAAAGUCUCAUAAUGAUAUGUGGCUCGCUGUUUCCCGGCGUAUGCAAGGUUCCAAUGAAUACCAGGACUACGUGUAUUUGGAAGGCACAGAAAAAGCCAGGAAGCUUUUCCAACAGCACGUUCAGAGACUCAAACAGGAGCAUAUAGAGUGGCGCCGCAAGGUUUUUCUGUCCGGUUUGCCGCUUGCGUUAGACAACCUUGUGCCUGACCUGGAUGAAUUAGACCACCUGAGCUGGGCCAAGGUGGCCAAACUGCUAGAGUCAAAAGCAGACUUCCACAAGUGGUUUGUGGUCCUAGAGGAGGCACCCUGGGACCUGACCAGCUACAUUGACAAGGUAGAGGAUAACCGUAUACCUUAUGAUUUGCUGGAGACACAGUCUGCUGCAGAUGUAUAUAGUAUUCACCUAGAAAAGUUAAGGAAUGCAAGGAAAAAGGCAGAAAUGAGAAGGGCCUUCAAGGAGAAUUUGAGCACGUCCCCCUUCAUCACGCCAGGAAAGCCUUGGGAAGAGGCUCGCAGCUUCAUUAUGAGUGAGGAAUUUUACCAGUGGUUAGAAGAACCUGUAUAUAUGGAUAUCUACAGCAGACAUCAGAAAGAGAUCAUUGACAAAGCCAAGGAGGAGCUCCAGGAACUAUUGCUCGAAUACUCUGAGCUUUUUUAUGAGUUGGGACUUGAUGCAAAGCCCAGCAAAGAAAAGAUGGGGGUGAUCCAAGACGUUCUAGGCGAGGAGCAACGCUUCAAAGCUCUGCAUAAGCUUCAGGCAGAGAGAGAUGCCCUCAUCCUCAAACAUAUUCACUUCGUCUAUCAUCCCACGAAGGACACCUGCCCAAGCAACCCUAUGUGUGUGGACACCAAGAUUGAGCAGCUGCUCCACUCCCGGUGCACGUACCCUUAUGACCGGCUUCACAAGGAUCCAAAUGUAGACAGAAUCAACUUGGUGAUCCUCGGCAAGGAUGGGCUUGCCCGAGAACUUGCCAAUGAGAUUCGCGCCCUCUGCACUAACGAUGACAAAUACGUGAUCGAUGGGAAAAUGUAUGAGCUCUCGCUGCGCCCCAUCGAGGGCAACGUGCGUCUCCCGGUUAACUCCUUCCAGACACCCACCUUCCUGCCGCACGGAUGCCUGUGCCUAUACAACUCUAAGGAGUCUCUUUUUUAUGUGGUCGAGAGUAUUGAGAAGAGUCGAGAGUCCAGCCUGGGCCGGAGGGAUAAUUACCUGCUUCAGCUGCCGCUCACCUUGAUCCUUGUCAACAGGAGGGGAGACACAAGCGGAGAGACGGCUCAUAGCCUAAUCCAGCAAGGCCAGCAGGUAGCCAGCAAGCUGCAGUGCGUCUUCCUCGAUGCAGCCUCUACCGGAAUGGGCUACGGGCGAAACAUUAACGAGAAGCAGAUCAGCCAGAUCUUGCGGGGGCUGCUCGAGUCCAAAAGAAACCUCAACGUGAUCGGCUCCACGCCAAGCAUCAAAGAUCUUGCGGAUUGUGACCUACGUAUUGUCAUGUGCCUCAUGUGUGGAGAUAUCUUUAACGUGGAGGACGUGCUCCAUGCGCUGAAGCCGCACACUUACCGACCCUCUCAUUGCGGUGUCGGUGGCUCUGUGCUUCUUGAUCUGCCCAUUGGGAGUCAGAAGCGCCGCCUGGAGCUUCUCAUUUUGUCAUAUCACGCCUCUUUUAACAUUCGGAAGACUCGACUGGUCCAUGGCUAUAUGGCCUUCUACGCGGCCAAGCGACGCGCAUCCCUAGCUAUGCUGCGUGCCUUUCUGGGCGAAGUACAGGACAUUGUUCCCGUGCAGAUCAUUGCCCUGACCGAGGGUCCUGAAGCCCUCUUUGAUAAUAUAACCCGAGACCAGUUGAAGGAGGGAGAGGAAAUAGCUCAAGACAUCGAUGGGAAGUUUCUGAGGUUACUGUGUGGUCAGGCGCAGCCAAAGUUGGAUAUGUUCUACCCCUAUUUCAAGGACGUGGUUGAGAAGAAGGUGAUAAUUGAGGCCUCGCACAUGUACGAUAACACGGCAGAGGCCUGCAGCACUACAGAAGAAGUGUUCAGCUCGCCACGUGCCGGUUCUCCCCUCUGCAAUUCCCACACGCAUGACUCGGAGGAAGACGUGGAGCCUCCCCCGCAGCAUAUCGUAUUCCGGGACGAGUCGACUAUAUUAUCGCACCACAGGGACCACUCAAAACUGAGCAGGGAGUUGGAGGAGAGCGAAAGCCUCUCCUACAUCUCUGUCAUGAGCACCUUAGAGAGCAAACUCAACAACAAGGUACCUCCACCCCUCAAACCAAAGCCUCCCAUCCCGUUCGAAAUCUCCAAGGCUGACCUAGCAUACCUAGACUCUGGGGCUCGUGACGGCCACAGGAAGUCCUUAACCUCGCUCACUUGGCCCCCCUCUGAAGCUUUCGACCCUUCCGACUAUGCAGAGCCUAUUGACUCGGUGGUGAAGCCAAGGAACCUAGAGGAAAACAUCUACUCGGUGCCCCACGACAGCACCCAAGGCAAGAUAAUCACUAUACGCAACACCAACAAGCCCCAGUCCAACGGCAGCGGCAAUGGCUCCGAUAGUGAUAUGGACACAAACUCAUUAGAGAGAGCGAGAAAAGCUUCCAUCGUUACCAAACCUGUAUUAUACCGUGCCAAGUGUGCCAAGCUUGGCAAGUUUUCCAGCUACCGGAGCAGUUUAAGCGUAGGCAGUGAUGACGAGCUGGGACCGAUCCGAAGGAAAGAGGAAGAGAUUGGGACGCAGGGACCCAAGGGGGACAAUACCACCAAUUCCUAUGAGGCAGAUGGAGAGGACCCGCGCAAGAGGAACCUGCUGCGCAGCUUGAGAAGGACCACUAAGAAAACAAAGCCAAAACUUCGUCCAUCCAUUGCCAAGACCAUGUGGGAAAGCAACUACUUUGGAAUUCCGCUGAGUAGUCUGGUGACCCCUGAAAGACCCAUCCCGAUAUUCAUUGAGAAAUGUGUUGAGUACAUCGAGGCCACGGGUGAGGGAAUGAGCACUGAAGGCAUUUAUCGAGUUAGCGGGAACAAAUCUGAGAUGGAUUCUCUGCAACGACAGUUUGAUCAAGAUCAUAACCUGGACUUGGCGGAGAAGGAUUUCACGGUGAACACCGUCGCUGGAGCCAUGAAGAGCUUCUUUGCGGAACUGCCCGAUCCUCUGGUGCCGUAUAACAUGCAGGCUGAGCUGGUGGAAGCAUACAAGAUAAAUGACCAAGAACAGAAACUUCAGGCCAUGAAAGAUCUUCUUAAGAAAUUCCCCAAGGAAAACCACGAGAUCUUCAAAUAUGUCAUUUCUCACUUGAAUCGGGUGAGCCAACACCAUCACAUAAAUCUAAUGACCAGUGAGAAUCUGUCUAUCUGUUUCUGGCCGACGCUGAUGCGCCCGGAUUUCACCACCAUGGACGCUUUGACGGCGACUCGCACGUACCAGACAAUCAUUGAGCUCUUCAUCCACCAGUGCUCCUUCUUCUUUUACCAGCGCCCGCCCGUGGACCUCCCCACACCAAGCUCCCCUUCCACUCCACCGCUGUCCCAGCCUUCCCCACCGCAGUCCCCUCCCCUAACUCCGGUGUCCCCUUCCCAAAAUCUGCUGUCCACAGAGCAGAACCUCCUGUGACUGACCCCUCCAACCAUCAGCUUCUAGUGGCCUGGAGGCAACCAUUGCCCCCUCCCUGUCUCACUGACCUCGUAUAGCAGGCCGGUGGAUUUGCGUAUGUGGGACCACUUCGGCCGUGGCCAGAUGGCGAGUCUGAGCCACGAAUGGACCCUGUAAUGGUGAAAAAAUACACCUGUUCAAGACAAAAAAGGGGGUUCUGUGGUACAUUACUGAGAGGGGACCCUGGUACACUGUAAAGGAAUACGUUGGGGAGUUCCCCCGGUACACUAAACUGUGCGAGAGAGGCCGUGCCUGGUACACCUUCUGCGUGAGAGAUCUGGAAGACCCACCUCGGACAGAGAAGCCUUAAUUCUGUGCUGAAUGGAGGCAAGGUCCUUGUAUACUACAUGGAUAAACCAAUCCGGAUUACGCAAGGAGUGACUCCAUCUGGAUUAUACAAGCGCUGUUAUGAAUUGGACUACAGAGGGGGGAGGCACUGGAUGAAGAGAGUAACACUGAAUUACAGUCCUAUGCGUUCUGGAUUAGAUGGAGGUCUAGGGGGGGCUUCAUCUUUAUCUUUGAUGGUAAUAGGACAACAGUGCCUCUCCGGCCCACAUAAUCCAAACCUAAUACAAGGUCUCCGCUGCCACACUACAUAUCUUAGCACUUACAGACAGGCGCGGCCCCCGCGGGAAACGAGGGUUCACGGGAGCUGCAUGUGUUCUCAAUUGAAUGCUUUUUACUUUACAACACAGAAAACACUAAUGUGUGACAUGAGCCGGAGUGCACACACAUGUUACAUGUGUAGGAGAGGUUUGAAUGGUGUUUUUAUCCCUUACUCUUCCCCCUGCUUUAUUUUUUUGUUUCGUUUUUUUUUUUAAAGCCAGGGGCGCCUUGGGAUUUGAGCGAACUGCCAGUAGGUUUGAGCUGCCGUUUGCGGCGACCGAUCUCCCCGAGGUGCCUAAUCACCGGUGGUCCAGCGUGCUUCGUUUUCUACGAGCUAAUGUUAUUUUACUUUCAAAGCAAGACUGAUUUCCUCGUGUGCAUGACGGCUAAACCUGCACCUAUUCCUCCCCUUUAAUGUAUUCUUAACACCUUCUGGUGAGAUUGACUGACCACUAAUAUUAACAUUGUCCCCUUUAAUGUAUUUUGUCACUAACUGACCACGCUUCCCCCCUCUCUUCCGUCACGUCGAUGAAUCAGGCGCGUAACUGGCCGUCUGAGUAUUUUUGACCACUUUUUCUCCUUAUAGCGCCCCCUCUUAUCGAAUAGAAAACACUAUGUAGCCCACUUAGUGAAACUGCAGUCAAUUAAAUGUGGCUUUCCCUUUUCGGCACAGUGGAACUGACUCUUUACCCAGGAUGUAGACUUGGGGGGGUUUCUGAGUUUCUGGACGGGGAUUUGUACGUUAGAGUCGAGAGGUAUUUUGUAAGUGGUUGUUGUCUAGAAUGUAAACAAUGUCAGGAUUAACAGAUUAACGGCCGAGGAUCAAUCUCACUGCGCGUGGGGCUUUGUGAAGGAGCCGGGGCGAGCAUGCGGGACGCUGGAGAAAAUCUUCAAUCGUGUUAAAACACGCGUGCGUCGGGGGGCCAGCUGACACGCGCAUGCCACGCCGGCAGGCCUCGCUGUGACUUGAAGUGACCAGGGAUCCCUUUCAUUGGCCCUGGUUGUUUUCCCGAUCUGUUUGUUGCUGUUCAUUGGUUGUGAUCGAGGGGGCGGGUCAUUUCGUGCAUGAGAAUGUGAUCCUCCCGCAGGUGCCCCGAAUUAUGUAUUUGCUGCGAGUCUGCUCAUUGUAAUUGGAACAAACUCCGAGGGCCUUAAUGUGACUUGUAUCAUAGCUAAUAAAUCUUGUUACAAACUCCCA